AUGUCUCGAAACCAUAUGACAUAUCAGCCGACGCCAAGCCAAAGAGGCGCCAGCUCAUUCUUUAAGGAAGCAAUUGAUGCCUCCCUGGUCCCCAUGGAAGUGGGUGUCGGGUCCACCUACAUCGCAUUACCGACUCAGCCCGCGGAAUUCAAGAAACUCGGAGGUAGCGAAAUACUGCAAAAUAUACUGCCAUCCGUUAUGGGAGACAAGAAGUUGAACCGGCGGGCCCAUAACCGAAGACAAUCACAAGCAAACGAGGCGCUUUUCGAGUCCAGUGCCUCUGGGCAGGCUGCGGAGUCACCCAAGCCAAGGAAAAGGGGCCGAAAACCCAAGAAGCAGCCAAAAGAGCAGAAGGUAGCGGGUCAACUGGAGGAGCUUGAUGAUGAUGAUCUUCCCAAGGAUCCCCGCCGGCGCCGAGUGCUGGAACGUAAUCGCAUGGCGGCGAACAAGUGUCGUCUCCGUAAGCGUGAUAAAGCCUUAGCACUCGCCUCUCGAGAAGAAGCCAUGGAAGACCGGAACCGCUAUCUCAUGGCGUGUUUCGAUUCUUUAACGGUCGAAAUCUACUACCUAAAGACCCAAUUACUGCAGCAUACAGACUGCAAUUGCGUUCUGAUCCAGAAAUACAUCGCGAAUGAGGCGAAGAAGUGCGCGGAUGGGAUGCUCGCUCCUUCUGCCUUUGAUACCCACGGCAGUUCGUGGAGCCCCGACCACAGGCGCCCAAGCGAUGCCAACACCGCCGGAGAGUUGAGCAUGCGGGGUCUGGAGGCGGGCAGCUCCCCGCCUAUCUGGACGAACUCUUUUCAGCAGGAACCUGGGGUAUCGAAGAUUAGUGACGACAUAUUCGCCAUGAGUUUAGAACCAAUUCAAAAGGCCACUAUGCCGUCUGAUUCGAUAGUCUCUACUCAACCAGUUCAAACUUUCUCCCUCACCAAAUGUGAACUAGGGCUAUAUCUCAACGUGGGACCGCAAGAACAUCAAGCGGACGAGGUUGCUUGGGGCUCAUACUGGCAGGUUUAA